AUGGGGCUCUACCUCCUACUCUUCGGCAUAUCACUCUUCUGGUUUUUUUUCAAAAUGCAUCUCCACCGUUCACAAACCACAAAACUGCCACCCGGUCCGACCAGCCUCCCUAUAGUCGGUUCACUCCUUCAAAUCGGACCUCAAGUCCACGAGUCACUUGCCGACUUCGCCAAACUCCACGGCCCACUCAUAACUCUCCGACUCGGUUCCAUCACAACCAUAGUCGCUUCCUCGCCAGAAACAGCGAAAGAAAUCCUCCAAAAACACGACCAGAACUUCUCCGACCGCCACGUCCCUGACGUCAUCACCGCCCAACCGAACCCCGAAGCCACGCUCGCUUGGGUCCCCGGUGACCACCGGUGGCGGAACCGCCGCCGUAUAUGCAGCACCCAAAUGUUCACAACCCAAAAACUCGACUCACUUCAACACCUCCGCCACCAAAAAGCCCAAGAACUUGUUCUACACAUCAAGAAACACUGCUCUUCCGAUGGUGUACCGGUGGAUAUAGGGCGUGUGGUUUUCGCCACCACCCUUAACCUGAUAUCAAACACCAUAUUUUCGAUUGAUAUGGUUGACCCAGAAUUCGAAUCUGCUCAAGAGUUCAAGGACCUGGUCUGGAGAAUCAUGGAAGACGCUGGGAAGCCAAACCUGUCGGACUAUUUUCCAGUGAUAAAAUGGCUUGAUUUGCAGGGAGUGAAGCGUCACAUAAGGCCUUCGUAUAGAAGAUUACAUGAGAUAUUUGAUGAGGUUAUUGAUAAGCGUUUGAAAGAUAGGGUUUUGGAUUCGAGCAGAAGUGGUGAUUUCUUGGAUGCGCUUCUUGAUCAGUGUGAAGAAGAUGGGUCUGGUUUCAAUCGUCAAACUAUCAAGCCCUUGAUCUUG